GCCAAUCUCUCUUCUCUCUCGCUCUCUCAUUGGCGCUGUUUAUCUGAAUUCGAUACCUUUUUGUUUUUUCUUUGGUAAAUAAAUAUCUGAUUUCGCUUUUGAAUCGCCAUUGGUUGAACAAUUUGACGCCGAUCUAGAUUUCUGUCGCUGUGAAGGUAGUGUCCUGUUUUUCCGAUCAAUUGGUUUGUUCCGAUCGUUUCUCGUUUACGCUUUUUGUUAUCCUUGAGAAAUUUUACGUUGCAAGAGAGAUCUUUGAUUCAUGGGUGUUGAAGCAUUCGUGUUAAAAUGUAUGAUUGAUCUUAAUCAGUGAGAUCGGUGAGCUCAAGUUCUGUGUUUUGUAAUUGAGAUUCGAAGAGGUAUGUCAACAAAGUUAUGGAGAUGGGUGUUAGGGCUGAUAUACCUAUUUGCCGUUGCCACGAUUUGGAUUGCGGCUAGUUUUGUAGUCCAGUCUGUGGUGGAAGCUGGUGUUUCUCCGUUCUUGAUCACUUUCAUUUGUAAUUCAUUGUUCGUUGUUUAUCUUCCCCUUUUUGAGAUUGGUCGAUAUCUGGAAGAUGCAUAUGGGAGUUUAUUGUUCUGGAGAAGCAAAAGGUCGCAUUUAAUGGAACUGGUCGAAUCAGAGAAGGCUGUUUUGCUUGGAAAAGAUGUUUCUGGUGUGAAAUCAGAUGCUACUGAGAGUUCAGGGCUUGUUGUGAGAGAGCAAGAGAUUAGUGAGGGUGGUAAUGGGAUUGAAUCUGGAUUGGAAAAUAUAGAGCUUGAGAUUGAUGCUAGUGUCAAUGUUAGUGAUGGAGCUAGUGGAGUUUCUAAUAAAGGAUUAGAUGAGAAGGGUCGUUGGACAAGGAUGCGAGUUGCUAAAGUUAGCCUUGUGAUUUGUCCGUUUUGGUUUUUGGCGCAGCUUACAUUUAAUGUCUCUCUCAAGUACACAACAGUUACGUCAAAUACCAUAUUAAGCAGUGCAUCAAGCCUUUUCACCUUUCUUGUUUCACUAAUAUUCUUGGGUGAGAAGUUCACAUGGUUGAAACUCUUCAGCGUUCUUCUUUGUAUGUCUGGGACUAUAAUUGUAAGUAUGGGUGACUCAGAGUCCAAGUCAAAUGCAGUAGCUAAGAACCCUCUUUUGGGAGAUAUUCUUUCGCUGGUCUCAGCGGCGCUGUAUGCUGUCUACAUCACUCUUAUACGCAAAAAGCUUCCGGAUGAUGAUGAAAGAAACGGCCGGGUCAGUAUGGCUCAGUUCCUCGGGUUUCUUGGUCUCUUCAAUUUCUUCAUUUUCCUUCCUCCUGCUCUAAUACUCAACUUCACAAAGCGAGAACGCUUCAACGCACUUACCUUGAAACAAUUUGGCCUAGUUGUUGGCAAAGGUUUGUUAGAUAAUGUGCUUAGUGACUAUCUGUGGGCAAAGGCAGUACUAUUGACAACAACCACUGUAGCUACAGCUGGGCUAACUAUUCAGGUCCCAUUGGCAGCCAUUGUAGACAGCUUAUCAGGGAACAAACCAAGCUUCACCGACUACAUUGGUGCUGCAGCUGUUAUGGUUGGCUUUGCAGGGAUUAAUAUUCCCUCAGAGAUGUUUUGCAAAUCCAAAGAGACUGCUAUUGAGUUAGAACCUGGGACUUCGUUCACAGAUCCUCCUCCGAUUGUGCCAGAUAGCAUAAGAGUAGAUUCUUCACUGACUGUAGUAUAAGCCUAAAUUGUUCCAAAUUCAAAAGCCACAAUUCUUGUAAAAUCUUUUUUUUUUCUCUUGUUUACUGCUCUUUUCCUCUUUUAUGAUAAUUAAUUUGUAGAUCGUUGAACAUAAUACACGAAAUACAGCUGAAGGCAAUAGUGUAAUGAAAUCGUUCAAGAUUCUGGACUUAGUUUCAAGACAGUAAAAA